AUGUCCUCUCGCAUGGCAAUUGCACUGGUCGCUGGCAUUCUUGGAGAUCUCCUGUCUGCCUCACCCCUGACUCGUUCCCCUUCAACUCCCCUGGACCGCUCCGCUAUUGUUGAUCUCGGUUACUCCCGCUACCAGGGCGUCGCGCUAGCAAAUGGUGUCGAUGAGUACCUGGGGAUGCGAUAUGCCAGACCUCCACUGAAUGAGUUACGUUUCCGAGGGCCAGAGGAUCCGGAGUCGACAGAUGAAAUCGUGGAUGCGACCGCGUUCGGACCCGUCUGUGUCGGCGUGGGUCAACGAACGAGUGAUUCCCUGGGGGAGGACUGCUUGUUUGUCAAUCUCUGGCGCCCUUCAAAUGCGACGGUCGACUCCAACCUCCCGGUUUGGUUGUUCAUCCAGGGAGGUGGGUACGCAGACAAUGCAAACUUCAAUUUCAAUGGGAGUGAAGUCGUGAAGCAAUCUGGAUACGAUAUCCUCUUCGUCAACUUCAAUUAUCGUGUCGGCGCCCUCGGAUUCCUUGCCAGUGAGGAGAUCCGCAGAGACGGCGACCUCAAUGCGGGUCUGCUGGACCAGCGUAAGGUCCUCGCAUGGGUGCAGCAGCACAUUCGUCAAUUCGGCGGCGAUCCUAGCCAUGUGGUAAUUCACGGUGAUUCGGCCGGAGCUGGCUCGGUCGCUCACCAUCUCACUGCAUACGACGGUCGCAACAUGAAUCUCUUCGUCGGCGCAGUUGCGGAGUCUACCUUCUGGCCCACGCAGCGCACGGUCGCCGAGACGGAAUUUCAGUACGAGCGGUUCGCGCAGGACGUUGGCUGUGGCGGGUCAGACAACACGCUUGCCUGUCUGCGCUCGGUCGAUAUCACGACCAUCAUGAAUUACGACGUUGAUAAGCCAUUCCCGGGUGGAAGCGACUCGCCGACUCCAUUGUGGUAUUUCCUGCCCGUGGUGGACGGGGUUUUGAUCACCGAUCGACUGUAUAAUUUGUUCAUGCAGGACAAGUUCAUUCAUGUGCCUCUGGUGGUCACCGAUGAUACCAACGAAGGCACCCCAUUUGGGUACAACGCAUCCAGUCCCGAGGAGGUUGCCCAAUUCAUGAAGAACAAUUACCCUGGGCUCAGCGAUGAAGACCUGGAUGAGAUCAACCAGUCGUACCCCUUGACGGAUCCUCUUCCCAAACAUGCAGCAUACUUCCCAUCCGCCGCACAGGCAUACGGCGAGUCGACCUUUACCUGUCCCGGGAACCACAUGGCCUCCAUGAUGGCCCGAUACUUCUCCUCCUAUAAAGUAUGGAAUUAUCGAUUUAACGUCCAAGAUCCGACGGAGACUGCGAAAGGUAUGGGAGUGCCUCAUGUUUUUGAAUUGCCGGCCAUCUUUGGAUUGGGAGACACCAACCAAGCAUCGGAGUCCUUCUCCAAUAUCAACGCCAAGAUCGUGCCCAUCACGAUGAACUAUUAUCUCAGCUUUAUCAAGGCGCUCGAUCCAAAUGUGUAUAAGUAUGUGGAUGCGCCCGUCUGGAAGACAUGGGGUAUUGGGUACGGGCAACGACUGAAGAUCCAGACGGGGUCGACGGAGAUGGAACCGGUUCCUCAAGAUCAAUUAGAUCGAUGUACGAUGUGGAGGGCAUUUGCUGAGUCCAUGGAGCACUGA